AUGAUCUCUCAAAUAAACCGCUUCGUCAACAAUGGCGCCGGUCUGGAAAAGACCCUCCGUCUGAUCCAGUCCUCAGCCCAGGUCGCCAGCGUGUUCACCGUAAACAGCACCGCCGUGCGCCUGACAACCGCAAAACUGCAAUUGGCACUGACACGGCGGUUCUUCCGCUUCUUCGGCUUCAUCGAGUCCUUCCAGCGCGUCGCGGCUCUACUAAACAGAGAUGCCAUGGGAUCGAUAUCCGGGUGGCUGGAUAUGGCUAAAUGGACCUGUUUCGGUUUCUACUUCGUUCUAGAGGAUUUAACUAUCCUCCACGCAAUGGGCGUCUACGCCGUCCCCUGGGAAGAGCGCAUCAUGCGCGAAGCAAACACAUACUGGUUCUACGCUCUAUGUUUCUCAUUACUGGGAACAAUCUACGCGCUCCUCUUCUCCAGCAACGAAAGUCAGAGCAAGGGAAAGGGCAAGAGGGGUGGACGGAAGAGCGAGAAGGCGGCUGCUGCUCCUAAAAUCGACUCGUCGGCGCUGUGGACGGCUUUCGUGAUUGAUGGGUGUGACUUGUUGAUUCCGGCUGAGCUUUUGGAUUGGAUGCCCACGGGUGAUUUGGUGAUUGGGUCUACUAUGAUUCUUAGUACGCUUUUGGCUGCUAGGGGAAUUUGGAAGAAGGUCUUGAUCUGGCAAAAAAUGGACUCGCGGGGAAUCGAACCCCGGACCACUCCCAUGCUAAGGGAGUAUUAUACCACUAAACCACAAGCCCAAUUGAAUGAGAAGCGGGCCAGCUUUAGGCUAUAUGAGCCAAGAUAG